UUUUUUCCUUUUUUCUUUCUAGGCGCGUUUGUUUUAUUAUGUAUGUACCUAACUAACCAUGAACUGUGUAUUAUGGAGCCCCAGUAUUAUUAGCCUGCUUAGCUUUGUUUACUUGCUUCUAACUUGAAAAGACCUGAUUGGCGACAAACUCAUCCCACCAUUAUCACAACCCCCUUGAACCCCAUCACAAUCACAAUCACAAUCUACAAUCUACUUACCUACCUGGUAUACUCUUACUUACCUACGUAGCCUGCAUAGGCGAUAUAUCUCCACCUUAUUGUCCCGUGAUAACAAAUAUCACAAAGGAAUUACAAGUCUUCUUUACUUACCUCCCUACUAGGUACCUACGUAUACAAUCGAAUUUUAAUAUCAUUGCAGUGCAUACCAUUGGCGCCGAUCAAUCAUUUACAGAACCGAAAGACGCGCCACCAAUUGCUGUUACGCGUUCGAUGUCAAAUACGAGAGUUGCUGCGCUUCUUGGGUUGGUUGAGUCGGACGAGGAGGAAGUGGAUGUGUUGGCCGACGAUUCAGUAGCUAUUACAACAACGAAAAUGGCACCAGCGAGAAAACCCCGUGCAGCUGCUGCGAACCGAGUCACCAAAUCAAAUCAGAAUGCGACGCGUCAAACUAAUGACAAACCUACGCGCGGCAAGGGAAACAAGCGACCUGCCACGGAAGACAUUGCGCCAGCCGUUGAAGAGGAGCAAGACGAGAGCUCGAUGGCUUCCGAUGCGAAACCCAAGGCUGGAAGGGGACGCCCAAGGGCCACGAAAGUUCCAAAAUUAUCCAACGAAGAAGAUAUUCCCACUGCAGAUGAACCAGAACCUAAACCAGAGCCGGCAACUCGACCGGCCGCUAAACGAGGGCGAAAACCAAAGCCCAAAGUCGAGGCUGCGCCCACAGAACUUGAAAUUCCUGAAACGCAACCAGUCGAGGAGGAGAUCCCGGAAACACAGGCGCCCGAAACAACGGAACUGAGCGUUGAGGAGUAUGACCAAGUAGAAGACCUGCCGCCUCACCCGCGUCCCGGCUCUUCGUCUGUCCAACGGCACCAAUCACAUAGUGUCUUCGGUGCAAGCCGAAGAACAGUCCCCGCGUCGGAUUCCGAGAUACACGAGCCAUCGAUGAGAAGGCGAGUGGGGGAGUUAAACCGGAAAUAUGAGAGCUUGGAAGCGAAAUAUCGCGACUUGCGAGAGAUUGGUGUUAAGGAGGCUGAACGCAAUUAUGACCGACUCAAGAAGCAAUCAGAGGAGAAGGCCAAUACUGCCAAUCAACUCAUCGAGACCUUGAAGGCACAGCUGACCAUUCAGACCGAGCUCGCUAAAGAAGCACAGCUUUUAAGACAGCAACUUGAAGCUAGCCAGUCCAAAGCAGAGCAACUGCAGAAUAAGGUCACCGAUACAAACGCAUCUUUAUCAGAAGCAAAGACAGAACUCAAGACGCUUUCCACAAAACUGGCCGCGGCUCGAUCGGUUGAUCCAAUAGCUGUAAAGGUUCCAGGCAGCGCCAUCAAGGGAUCGAGCGCGAACAACCGAAUGCUCGCCAGCGCCGAGGCCGCUGCCCACUUGGCCCAGAUGAAGGAAGACCUGUAUGGAGACUUAACCGGGCUGAUUGUCCGUGGCAUCAAGCAGGAGCAGGGUGUAGAGACAUAUGAUUGCAUUCAGACUGGGAGAAACGGAACCCUCCAUUUCAAACUGGCUGUUGGUGGGGAUGAGUUGACGCAGAAACUUGACGAGCCUCAGUUCAUAUACAUGCCGCAACUAGAUCCGAGCCGAGAUGAAGAGUUAAUGGAGAUCCUACCUGAUUAUCUCGUAGAGGAGAUCACUUUUCCCCAAUCGCAUGCUGCGAGGUUCUACUCAAGAGUUAUGAAGUCCUUGACUGAACGCCCGGAGUAAAUUGCGAUGAGAGGUAUAGUUAUGUUGGACAAUCUCUUUGAGGGGGGAAAUGGAAGAACUGUAUAUAUCUUGCUGGGUACUAGAAUAAUAUUCGAUUAUUCAGUAUCUAUUUCGGGGAUUGUUUUGAAUGUCAGGUCCUCUUAGGUCUUUAGUACCCGCCGUGAUAUCAUCAGCAUUCAAUGUUCAACGUUGAACGUUAAUAAAAAUAAGCUUAUUUACCC